GCCGGCUUCCCCCAUCUGAAGAAGCAGCAGCAGGUGCUGCCGCCACCCGCCGAGAGCCCGGAAAAAUGGUGGAGGACACUCUACACCUGCAUUUGCACAAACUCUCGGCCAUAAAAUCAGAGGAAGCAAUCGACCACAUACUUUCCACCCUAUGGAAGACAAGAAAAACCGGUCUUUCCUCUUCGGAGAAGUCCCAUUUUCAGUCCCUCCUCAACCUCCCUUCUCUAUCCCAACUCGAUCCCGUCUUGGCAUGCCUGCGCUCACUCAUCAGAAAAUGUGCGUAUCAAAACUUCACUGGCGAUGACCUUCUGAAAUUGUUUCCCCCUGAUCUGCCACUUGACCUGCAAAGCAUUCUUGUAUUAUCGUUCCAGAAAAAUAAAGAUGAAUGGAAGGAGGAUGUGUCUGGUGAACAGCAUUUAUUGCCAAGAACAAGUGUCUCCUGUCAGGUCAGAACAAAUGUUUCACCAUCUUUGACUUCUUUCCCAUCUUCAGAGAUGCCAACAUUUCAGUGGCCACGUCAAGGCGAUCCUCUUACCCGAUUGAGUCACAAUGACUUUGGAAUUCCAAUGCCGCUUGUAGCUGACAUAAAUGGAUCCGGGCUGAGUGCAUGCUUCCAACCUGAUAUUGCUUCUUCGGACAACUUGGAAAACCUUCCCCGCCUUAAGUCAAUGACUUGGACCAUGGAGAAUCAUGGCACAUCCCCAGGAGAUAAAGUGGCUAUCAUUAGUCUUAAGCUGCAUGAUCAUAGCAAGUCUUCUCCUGGUGAAACUGACGUGAGGUUUAAGCUUUCGAGGGAUAUACUUGAUGCUAUGUUGAGAUCCUUGACCUACAUCAGUGAACAGCUAUCAACUGUGGGAGGGACAAGUUCCAGGUCAGCAAACAAGAAGCAAAAGCGGUAGCUUGUUAUUGACUUAUUGUAAUUGACAUUGCUUCCCAUGACAAAACUCAUGUACGGUUUGUUAUCCUGUCAAGCAAGGACAUCUGUCUCUUUUCAACACAUCAUCAUCUUAACUACUAACGGCUUUAACUC